AUGUGUACGGAAGCCCAGCUUCGAGCUCGUGAAUUCGUCGAGCUGCAUGAACAGGUCCAGACAAGCGUGAAUCUGCUCGAUUCGCUGGAAGGGUUUUUGUCGACCUUCCAGAAAGAUCUAUCUGCGGUCUCUGGUCAGAUCUCCAACUUGCAGGACAGGAGUAAAGACAUCGACAACAGGCUAAAGAGUCGCAGAAAAAUAGAGAAGCCGCUGUCAAAUCUCAUAGCGGACCUGUCUAUACCCCCCGCUCUCGCAACACUCAUCCUCGACACCCGCGUCGAUGACACCUGGAUACCCGCAAUUAUGGAAUUUAAACGGAGACUUGAUAUGCUCAAGUUCAGAGUCCGGGUCAAGGCCGCGAGAGACAUGUCAGAAGUAGCAGAGGGCUUGCGGAUAGUGGCGGCCACCAAGUUGCGAACAUUCUUCCUGUCCAUGCUGGAGCCCAUUCGUUCUAGCAUGACCACGAACCUCCAAGUCCUGCAAACGUCAGUGUGGAUGAAGUACCGGCCGCUGUUCGUGUUCCUACAAGAACACGCGGCGAACGUCGCGAAUGAGGUGCAGCGGACGUACAUCAGCACGGUGCGAACGUUCUAUGAGACUGGCUUCCGGAGAUAUCUGCGAGGACUUGGAUGGGUCAAGGCAAGGGUGGUGGAGAAGGCAGAGCCUAUCACCAGUGGCAUUGAUGUACCGCAAACUCCGGGUCACGACCCCGGUCGACUUGCGUACGCAAAAGUGGACGGACCGAGUGUGACCAUGGCAUACGUGGCCGAGGACAAGAACUGCAAAGAACCACUAGAGUCGGUACUACGCUCUGCGUUACUUGUCCUCAUGGACAACGCCACUGCAGAAUACACAUUCAUCACCACGUUCUUCGCAAGUGAGCCCCACGAGCCCCUUCCGACCAAGAGCGGUCCUGGGACACCAGCAAUGUCUCCUCCAGUGUUGUCUCCCACCCGGGGAGAAUUCGAUGAGCUCAGAUCUGGACCAGGCUCGGAGAUUGGCAGCGAGUACAUGUCUCCACGUCAGCGUGUGCUCAGCAUUUCCGGGUGCUGGGUGCCGGCUCCAAGACGGCGUCGCAGGUCUACGAAGGAGGAGCAGACCGCGUUGAACGCGCUGUGGAAACAAGCACUCGACCCCGUUCUCGACUACGUUCAGACGUUUAUCCAUAGCUCGCUUGAUCCUCCCCCACCCGCUAUCCCUCUCUCACCUCAUUCGUCUGACCGAAGACAUGGCCACGGAAGUGCAGCGCGUGGAUGUGGCCGCUGGAGACCUUCAUUUUCGCGCUCCGAAUCAAGAUGUGGCCGUGUUCCAGAAGCUCAUGGCCGAGCACAUCGACGCGCUCCGGAAGCUCGGAGAGAGCGCCGCCACGGAGGGUACUUCCGCCGAGGCACGACGACAACGAACGAGGCUGUGGCGGUGGUGUGCCGACGCUACGUCGUGCUCUUCAACGCGUUUAUUGCACUCACAGACCAGUCCGAGGAAACGAUGAUAUUCGCAAACCUGCUCCGUCUGCGUCAGGAGCUCGUGAAACUCAUCAGCGCGUCGGCGCAGUCAAAAUUCUUCGAGCUGCUUCUCCAGGGUUUGAGUAACGGGCCCCGACCGACAAGUCACCCGAAGGCGCAGAGCGAACUCGCGUACUGGCGCGAGCGCGACGAAGAGUGCCGCCGGCGGUGCUCCCCGCGUAACUGCGCGCAGCACGCCAGCCCGCCGCCUUGCGACUCAGACGGCGGACACGAAGCGGAGAACAAGGACGACUCGGGCGCGGGGUGGAUGGAGCGAUGGAGCGCCAGCGACGGCACAGAGGCGGAGUAG